AUGAUAAAUAACGGACAAAGAAACAAGACAGCAGCAUCAAGAGCAAUCAGAGCUAGUAUAAGAGUGCAAGGUUUAGACACAGAUGAAGAACAAAUGGUAGAAAUGAACAACAUCAACAAUCAAGAAGCAAGCCCAUUGGGAGUAAGAUUGACGGGAACCUUGACAGAAGAAGGCCAAGUACUGAACUAUGAAGAUAUCAACAGAGUAGAGCCAGAAAGCACUCAGAACUCUUCUUCAGAUGUAGAUGAAUUCCCAAACAAAUUCUUAGAUGCAGGUUCAUUGUCAGAAGGCAAGGAAGAGAACUCAAACGGUGAUAACGUCUCAGAAAACCCGGAGGAAGAACUUACCUCAAGACAAGAACAGAAGAAGCAAAGACACUCCUCACCUUCCUUAGGAUCUUCAAACAGCAGAGGAGAAAGUGGUGAAGAUACAGACAAUUCCUCUUCAACUUCAGAAUCAGACUCAGAAAGUAGCAAUGAAAGUUCAGAGUUGGAAGACAAAUCAGACAAUUCGGGAAAGAAGUCAAAGAAAGGUAAGAGCAAUUUGAGUUUAUGA